CAAAAUUGAGAUCUCUAUUUUGGACUGCCUAGUGCCUAGCCCCAUUUUAUGCUCAAAAUAGCUAAUCUGAAUAUGACCGAAUCGUCUCUCAACGUCGGGAACUGUGUAGAAGUGUAGAACUAUGACGAACAGAGAAUGGAAGAUUGCACAAAAGUUCUCUGGAACCUCCCUGAAAGUGCAGGCAUCAUCACAGUCUCUCGCGUAUAUAAGCGCCAGCCAUGCCUUCGAUCAAGCAUCGGAAGAAAUCUGUUCAAAUUACCCAUCACAUACUCUCAACGAGGUUAACUAAUUAGCUGUUUGGUUGACAUCAAUACAAUGUCUCUGAUUCCAAGCAUCUUCGGAGGUCGCCGGAGCAACGUCUUCGAUCCAUUCUCCCUCGAUGUCUGGGAUCCGUUCGAAGGAUUCCCGUUCUCUAACACCGUCGCCAAUGCCGGAGGAUCGGCAAGCGAGACAUCGGCGUUCGUGAAUACGCGCACCGACUGGAAGGAGACGCCGGAGGCUCACGUGUUCAAGGCGGAUCUCCCGGGGCUGAAGAAGGAAGAAGUCAAAGUGGAGGUCGAGGAAGGGAGAGUGCUACAGAUAAGCGGGGAGAGGAGCAGGGAGAAGGAGGAGAAGAAGGACAAGUGGCACCGUGUGGAGCGGAGCAGCGGCAAGUUCCUACGGAGAUUUCGGCUGCCGGAGAAUGCUAAGGUGGAACAAGUGAAGGCGUCCAUGGAGAAUGGCGUCCUCACUGUGACGGUUCCUAAGGAGGAAGUGAAGAAACCUGAGAUCAAAUCCAUUGAGAUAUCGGGUUAGACUGCUUUGAUUUGAAUCUGGGCAUCCGUUUUGAGAAUUUGGGAGAUAUAAAUAUGAGUUUUGAUUGUGUUUAGUGAAAUUUGAAUUUUGAAUGUAAUGCAAAAUUGUAUCCCUGCAGUCCAUCUUCAUCAAUAAAUUGUGUGUUCUUCUAUGCAUUUCUUUCCCUCAAAACAUUCAACCUUGUUUGCUGAGAAAUUUAACUGAUACAAAAUAAAGCC